AUGCGGAUGCAAUCCACCAACGCCCUGUUUCGGCGCGCAACUUUGUCUUCCUCCAGGUUCUCAUCCUCGUCCUCCACACUCUCCAUCGUCCGACAAUCCACCUUGACGACUGUGACCGGCACACGCGGCUUCGCAACUUCGUCCUUGACAGCCCAAACGAGCGCAACCACGAACGCAACCUCACCUUUGUCACUUGACACUUCUGCCGUGACACGAGCCCAGUUCCAAACUACUACCGCCCAAACUUCAACCCGCACCAUGGCCUCCGCAUGCAGCACCAGCUCCCCCUCUUCGGGGAGCCACUUCGAAAAGAUCCCAAACACCUCCAUCCGCGUCCUCCGCACCGUCUCCUCCGUCCGGCGCUUCCGGCAGCCCUUAACCCUCGACUCCCGCUCUGUCGCCCUCGUGCCGACAAUGGGCGCCCUGCACGCCGGGCACUUACGGCUGAUCCGCGCUGCCGCGCGCGACAACCACCACGUUGUGGUAUCGAUCUACGUCAACCCGGCGCAAUUCGGCGUUCGCGAAGACUUGUCAAGCUACCCAGUAACGUGGGAAGCCGACUGCGCUGCUUUGGCGAAACUUGAUCGCGAGCUAGCGGACGAUGGCAACAAUUUGGGGAGGAUCAGCGCUGUGUUUGCGCCUAGUACCCAAGAAAUGUAUCCUGCUGGAUUUCCGGGGCAGGAAGUUGAUAGUAGGGGAUCCUUUGUUACCAUAACGCCUGUCGGUGAGGUUCUAGAGGGGGCAAGCAGGCCUACUUUCUUCAGAGGCGUGGCGACCGUUUGCAUGAAGCUUUUCAAUGUGGUGCAGCCCACGAGGGUGUAUUUCGGGCAAAAGGACGUGCAGCAGACUGUGGUGAUCAAGAGGCUGGUGGAAGAUUUUCUGAUGCCGAUUGAGGAGGUGGUGGUUGUGCCGACUGAGCGAGACUCAAAGGGGGAUGGGCUGGCGCUGAGUUCGAGGAAUGUGUAUCUGGGGGAAAGGAGGCGGAAGGUGGCGGGUGUGCUGUAUAGGGCGCUCAAGGCGGCGGAGGAAGCGUAUGGUGCUGGGGAGGGGGAGAAGGGACGGGAGGGGAUUUUGGGCGCUGCCCAAAGAGUGAUGGAGGAGACGCUGGAGGAGCAGAUGGCGCUGGAGCCGAGCAGGAGGGUCAAGUUUGAAGUGGAUUAUUUGAGCUUGGCGGAUCCGGAGACGAUGCAGGAGUUGGAGGUUGUUGAUACAACCAAGGGAGGCAUCUUGAGCGGUGCGGUGAGGUUCUUGCCGGUGGAGGAGCCGAGGGAGGAAGAGGAUUUGGGACAUAGUGGGGGCCCGUUGGUGAGGUUGAUUGAUAACAUCAUCUUGCCGGGAAAGUAA